UUCUCUGCGAGAGGAUAGGAUAGGAGUGGCAAAGUGGAAAUACCGAGCUACAAGUUGGGCAAACAUGUAAAGAGAAACAUACAGGGAGCAAAAUCCCGCUCUUUUUCCGGUUGGCAAAUUCAAUGCCAUGGAGAUUAAUUGUAAAGGUUAAUUAACAAUUAAAGGUUUGUUGGGGUAGUUGCAUCCUCCCCUCUUCCUCUCUCUCUCUCGGUUCGCAUCCUUUAAAUCCCCCAUCACCCUUCCCCUCCUCCUUCCUCAUAUCAAAGCUCAGCUCUCUCAUUCUUUUCUCUUCUCUCUGGGUUUUCUUCCUUUUUUUUUUUUCUCCAAAACAUCAUAAUCAAAGAUUUCAGCUCUUCCCAUUCGGUGCUAUAAUGGCAGAGGACAGCAGACAAAACCCGGAACCUGAAUCAGUUUCCGUGGAAGCUCAGCCUGAAAUAAAGAGAAACAACUUGCCAAAUUUUCUCCUUUCAGUUAGACUCAAAUAUGUGAAAUUAGGUUACCAUUAUUUAAUCUCCAGUGCCCUGUAUUUAUUACUUAUUCCACUCCUGGGCAUUGCCUCAGCUCAUCUUUCCACGCUCACAAUCCAAGAUUUAAUUCAGAUAUGGAACCACUUGAAGUUCAAUUUUGUAUCUGUAACUCUGUGUUCUGGUCUUAUAGUUUUCUUGGCUACUCUUUACUUCAUGAGCCGCCCAAGAAAAGUAUACCUGGUAAAUUUUGCUUGUUACAAGCCAGAAGAAGCUCGGAUGUGCACCAGAGAAAUUUUUAUGGAGAGAUCAGGGCUGGCUGGGAGCUUCACCGAAGAGAACUUGGCCUUUCAAAAGAAGAUUCUCGAGAGGUCUGGGUUAGGGCAAAAGACUUACUUGCCUGAGGCGGUGAUGCGGGUUCCACCGAAUCCGUGUAUGGCAGAAGCGAGGAAGGAAGCUGAGACUGUGAUGUUCAGCGCAAUCGAUGAGCUCUUGGACAAAACUGGGGUUAAAGCCAAGGAUAUAGGGAUCCUUGUUGUGAACUGUAGCUUGUUCAAUCCGACGCCGUCUCUAUCUGCUAUGAUAGUAAAUCACUACAAGCUAAGAGGCAACAUAAUGAGCUAUAAUCUUGGUGGUAUGGGGUGCAGUGCUGGACUUAUUUCUAUUGAUCUUGCCAAACAGCUCUUACAGGUUCACCCCAACUCCUAUGCUCUUGUGGUGAGUAUGGAAAACAUCACUCUCAAUUGGUAUUUUGGUAAUGACCGAUCAAUGCUUGUCUCAAACUGUCUCUUCCGAAUGGGCGGUGCCGCCAUCCUUCUCUCCAACCGAUCAUCGGAUGGUCGUCGUUCUAAGUAUCAACUCAUCCACACAGUACGUACCCACAAAGGUGCAGAUGAUAAAUGUUACAAUUGUGUGUUCCAAAGAGAGGAUGAAAGUGAACGCAAGAGAAUUGGUGUUUCACUUUCUAAAGACCUUAUGGCUGUUGCUGGAGAAGCCCUUAAGACCAAUAUCACAACUCUAGGGCCAUUGGUUCUUCCCAUGUCUGAGCAGCUCUUGUUUUUUGCAACUUUAGUAGCAAGAAAGGUCUUCAAAAUGAAGAUAAAACCGUACAUUCCAGAUUUCAAAUUAGCAUUUGAGCACUUCUGCAUCCAUGCAGGAGGAAGAGCUGUUUUAGAUGAGCUAGAGAAAAAUCUUGAUCUUUCAGAUUGGCACAUGGAGCCUUCAAGGAUGACUCUUUACAGAUUUGGUAACACUUCAAGCAGUUCAUUGUGGUAUGAAUUGGCUUACUCUGAAGCCAAGGGGAGAAUCAGGAAAGGUGAUAGAACAUGGCAGAUUGCUUUUGGCUCAGGAUUCAAGUGUAACAGUGCUGUGUGGCGCGCAUUGAAGACAAUCAAUCCAGCCAAGGAGAAGAAUCCUUGGAUGGAUGAGAUUGACGAAUUUCCUGUUCAUGUGCCUAAGGUGGUGUCCAUUAAUUCUUCUUCAACCUCGUCCCAUUGAUCCAUCCUUCCAUUGGAGAUUGUGUUUCUUAUUUUAGUUAUCUCUGUGUUGAUAUAUAUGCAUGAGAAAUCAUGUGUUAUUUUUCUGAUAUUGUUAAUUGAUGGAAGCAUUGGUGUAAGUUUCAAAAAAUUAAUAAAAAAUUGUCAAAUAAAAAUA